UUUAUUGUUCAUCGUUUAGAAUAACAACAUUUAGAAACUACAAUCACCAAAAUGUUGCCAAGAGAAUGUACACGUGUCGCCGCUUUGAUAGUCUUCCUUCCAGUCGUCUUUGCUGUGGUGACCAUUCGACCAAUCUCCACCAUCUACUUGCCAUACAGUUACAAUGGCGAUCAAGGCCUCUUUGGUAUUGAUGUUGCUGCAGUGGAGCAGACUGGGUAUGAUACUAACAACAAAAUUGCUUAUUCAGCAGGUGAUAGCUAUAUCCACAUCACUGAUUGGUCGAAUGUGACCACGCCCACUAUACUAGAGCGUAUUGCUGUGCAGACGACUUGCAACGAUAUCGAGACAUGUGGUGAUUAUGUGGCGUUUGUUCUCCAGGGAACCCAGGAGACAGACAACGGAACUCUGCAUAUUUACCCCCUCUACGACAAAACUCAUGGAAACUGGACGCAACUUCAUGAAAUCUCACUCGGUAGCAAACCUGAUAUGCUCCAUUUCUCCCACGAUUGUCGUACGAUUGUCGUCGCAAACGAAGGAGAAGCUGACCAAAAUGCCGACAUGACAGAAUUCAUCAACCGUGAAGGGUCCAUCUCCAUCAUCCGAUUAUCCGCCGAUGGCUCCACGUUUAGUUCAUCUUUGCUCAACUUCACGCAGUUUAAUGACAGGGCGGAUGAAUACGUCGCAAGAGGAGUGCGUUACCCAUACCGCGGGGAGUUAGAUGGUGCUAGUGAUACGUUCGCCCAAAACAUGGAGCCUGAAUACAUCACAUAUAAUCAUGAUGAUACGAAAGCAUUCGUUGCCUUACAGGAAAACAAUGCCAUUGCCGUGGUGGAUCUGGUUGCUGAUGAGAUAGAGGACAUUUAUCCCCUUGGUGAAAAGAACUGGAUUGACUUUGAUCUAGAUGCAAGUGACAAAGAUGACGCUAUCAUGUUUAGGAGAAACAAUAUAUCCAGUUUCUACCAACCUGACGGGAUCAAGUAUUUCGAAGUGGAUGGAGUCGGCUACAUCGUAACGGCCAAUGAGGGCGAUACUUUUGAGUACACGCUGGGUACUGAUGAAUGGACGGAGGACCAGAGGGGAAACGACUUCAAAGCAGGUAAAGUGUAUAGGAUAUAUUUCACAAACAGAUUACUGAUCGUAGGUUAA